AAAUAUUUUACCAGAGUAAACUGGAGAAGUCAUCUGGAUUUUGAAAUCAUUUCAUCUGUAUACUUUGCCUGGUGAACACAAGGUAGCAGCUUAAAACAUGAAGACUGCGAUUCUGCUGCUCUGUCUUCUUGGAUCAGCUCAGUCCUUACCAAAGCAGCUUAACUCUGCUUUGGAAGUUUCUCCCACAAAACCAACUCCAGAUCAGGUGACACCACAAAAACAACAGCAGUCUAGUCAGGUCUUCCCUUCCUUAAGUCUAAUACCCUUAACACAACUGCUUACACUGGGGUCAGAUCUGCAACUGCUCACUCCUGCCCCAGGGGCAACACCUGCAGCCCACACAUUGCCUUUAACCCUGGGAACAGUGAAUGGACAAAAUCAGCUGCAACCACAGAUGUUACCAAUUUUUGUAGCACAACUUGGAGCACAGGCUGCCAUCCUAAGCUCUGAAGAACUGCCACUGGGCCCCCAGAUCUUCACUGGCCUCCUCUUGCAUCCUUUCUUCCCGGGAGGCAUCCUGCCCAUCAGUCAGGCUGGUGCUAAUCCAGAUGGCCAAGAUGGAGCCCUUCCAGCAGGACAAACAGGAGCAAAUGCUAACAUCCAGGCCACCACAGUGGGCCAACUCUCCACUUCUGGUGUCACUGAUGAUGACUUUGAAGUGACCACCCCUGCGGGCAUCCAAAGGGCCACACAUACGACAAAGCAGACCAUCACAGGGUCACCAAAUCGAAUUCACUGAGAUGUAUCCAAGUUUUUCAACUAAACAGCCUCAAAUUUCGUGACACAUGUGACUCUCAUUAAUUACAUUAUGUAUUCCACUAUGAUUGAGACACUGGAGAAUCUCAGAAGAAACUCUUAGUUUAUCUGAAAACUUUCUUUGAAAUUUCAGAAAAUAUGUUAAAUGUAGAAAAUACUAACUUUUGAAAAGAAUAGU